CAAACCCUAUUUGCCAUCAGUUCUAGUUAGUAGUUACACUUAAUAACUUCACUCUAGCUUAGACUACAGUUGGAAAAUAAGUAAAUAACAAUAAAAAGAAUAAAAAAGAAUCUAGAAAAGUAGCUUGUAUAUAAAGUGGGAAAACGUGCAUUGAUUAAACCCACGAGAGUUGAGCCAUUAUUUUAAGCUUACUUGAGUCUCAGAAAUUAGAGGUUUCAUCCAUUUGUUUUUCUCAUUCGUGAGGACAAAGAAAGUGAAAGAAAAUCAGAGAAACUCAUCAUGGGAGAUUGGGAUUUCUGAGUGCACUUCAAGAUAGAAUAAACUCUAAGAAGCAUCGCCAUUUCAUUGUAAUUGGUUAUCGUGUAUCACCUCGAAUACACCACAGAGAUCAUCGAAGUAGAAGAAGGUCAACAACAACACAAGCUUCCUCCAUAAAAGGCACAAGAUUUGGAAACACAACAAAAAUGUCAUUGAGAAUCAUCUUUCAGAUCCUUUUCUACUUGCAUUUGCUCCUAACAGCAGCCACAGUGAUCUUCAUCACUGUUUAUGGCCUGACCUCGGAAUCUGGCGGCCAGCAUUUCCACCCUAUGAAGUGGUACCCUCCAGUUCUAGCUUCGACGGCAUGUGGCGGAAUAAUCGGUUUCAUGUGGCAAUGGAUCACUUUCAGCUACCCAAGAAACGCACUCAAGGCAGCAUUUUGGCUAGGUCCCCUGCUAACAUGUUUAAUGGCUGGGAUGUUUGUGUACAUGGGCACAGCAACUAGUCUUAUAGUGGGAUUAGUUUCCUUCUGUUCUGCAUUAGCUCAAUCCCUCUAUGGUUGUUGGGCCAGACCCAGAUUCGAAUAUGCGACGAAUAUCUUGUCAGUUUCAACAGCUUUUCCACCUGCUAAAACCAGAGUGUUGGUACUCGCGACAAUUGUAAUUGGAACCCUUUAUUGCUGUUUUCUUGUAUCCGGGAUCGGUGGAGCUACAGCCCUUCAAGACAAAUUCAAAUUGGCUUUCAUUUUCAUCUUGGUGAUUAUGCUGAGCCUGGGAUGGACCAUGCAGUUUCUCAAGAAUGUAAUACAACUCACCAUUUCAAGGGUCACAUAUCUGCAGAUACUUGGAAAUCCCAUGGAUACUUAUGAGGCGCUUCGUGACAGUAUCAAUCGUUCUGUUGGAUGUAUCGCCAUUGGCUCAAUCCUUCUCCCAGUCUUCACUCUCUUCCGCGGUUUUGGACGCUCGAUGAGUCUACUUGGAGGAGAAGAUGAGAUCCUGUUUUGCUGUGUUAGUUCUUAUAUGGGGAUGGUAAACGUUCUUCCGAAGUUUGGGAACCGAUGGAGUUUUGUACAUAUUGGAGUCUAUAACAAAGAGUUUGUGGACGCAUCUGGUGAUAUUUGGGAAAUAUUCACUAGAGCUAGAAUGUUGCCACUCAUAGACUCGGAUCUAACCGGAGCAUUAUGUUUCCUUAGCGGAGUAGCUGUAGGUGCAUUUUGUUCUAUGGUGUGUGGAAUUUGGAUCCUUGUGAUGCAUCAGAGCUAUGCCCUGGAAGUAUCCAUUUAUGCUUUCUUGAUUGGCUAUUUCAUGUGUCGAUUGGCAAUGGGGUGGCUACAGGCAUGUGUUGCGGCAUACUAUGUUGCCUACGGAGAGAAUCCGGAGAACGAUCAAUUCGACUCAACAAUUCCAGCACGCUUGGAGCAGAUUCAAAGAUCUCAAGCUCUGCAACUAUUCUGAAUUAACAAUUUUUUUCAGCUGAACAUAUAUACUGAAGGAGAGUAAACCAACAUAGCUGCAAUAUCUCCAAGAUAAAAUGAUACUGACCACACACUUGUAAGAACAAUUUUUUUUUUUGGUAUUGUACAUAAAGAUUUCUGAUGCAGUCAUCAAUCGUGAUUUGUGACAGAUAUUUCUAAUGUGGUUCAUGAUUUUGUGUGAAUAUAUUCCAUAGAAUAAACAGACAGAUGCAUGUCAGUAUUGAAGUAAUAAAGAAUUGACACCAGUCAUACUAAUUUUUAGUAAAUAACUUUGAUGAAAUACACCAUAAACUUAUUCUACAUAUUGAUCAUUAAUUCAUACGAUAUUCUUCUCAGAAAUAAAUCAACUAUAUAACUUUCUACAUAUGAUAUAAUCAUCUGUGCAACAAAUGAAAGCUUUAGUCCUCAUAGCUGAGAAUAAAUAUUAUAGCCAGAGCCUUUAGAUCGUUGUCGGGAAGCGAA